GGGGAGAGCAGCUGAACUUCCGGCGAACAUAAACAAACGAACGUGGAUCUGUGUUCCAAAAGUAUAUGUGCCUCUCAAAGUGUAAAAAUUAUAUAUUUUCUUAUUGCUACUGCCUCCGUUUUGCAUCAUCUUUUUCAUCAAACUUUUUUAUGAUUAGCAGUAUAACCUUAAAAACUGGAUCAUGACGACGCAUCGGAGUAACGCAGGACAAGGCCGGAAGAAAGUGCAGGUAUCAUUUGUGAUAAGAGAUGAAGUGGAACGCCAACACAGGUCAGGUGUUAAUGCCCUGCAGUUUGAUCCCAUGCUCAACCGUUUGUAUUCAGCAGGAAGAGAUUCCAUUAUCCGUAUAUGGAAUACCUGUGCUAAAAAGCAGCAAAGUCCAUAUAUGCUCUCUAUGGAACAUCAUACAGACUGGGUUAAUGAUAUUGUGCUAUGUUGCCAUGGACGCACAUUGAUAUCAGCUUCUAGUGAUACAACUGUCAAAGUAUGGAAUGCACACAAAGGGUUCUGUAUGUCAACACUUCGAACACAUAAAGAUUAUGUCAAAGCUUUAGCUUAUGCACGAGACAAAGAGCAAGUUGCAUCAGCAGGACUCGACCGGCAGAUCUUUCUAUGGGAUGUCAACACCCUCACGGCACUUACUGCUUCCAACAAUACUGUCACAACAUCUAGCCUGACCGGCAACAAAGAUUCCAUCUACAGUCUGGCCAUGAAUCCCAGUGGCACCAUCAUUGUGUCAGGGUCAACAGAGAAAGUUUUACGAGUUUGGGAUCCUCGAAGUUGUCAGAAAUUGAUGAAGCUAAAAGGUCACACAGACAAUGUCAAAGCUAUUGUCAUUAACAGAGAUGGUACUCAGUGUCUUUCAGGGAGUUCUGAUGGCACUAUCAGAUUGUGGUCACUUGGACAGCAGCGGUGUGUUGCAACAUUUCGAGUUCAUGAUGAAGGAGUCUGGGCUUUGCAGGCCAAUGAUUCCUUCUCCAUUAUGUACUCUGGUGGCCGGGACCGACAAGUCUGGGCAACAGACAUACGCAACCCUGAUUGCCGAGAACUUAUUUGUGAAGAAAAAGCACCCGUUUUAAAGUUGGAAUUAACACCAACAGAACCUCAGUCAUUGUGGAUUGCAACCACUGACUCCAGCAUCAAGAACUGGCCAUUGAAGCUGCCCAAUGCCAGAGUAUCUGGAGAAUACGAUAAUGACCGCGUCCGCCCAGCAUUUACACAAGCUGAUUUUGUCAUCAAAGGUGGACCCAGUAUUCGGCAGUACUAUGUACUUAAUGACAAGCGCCACAUCCUCACCAAGGAUACAGACAACAAUGUGGCAUUGUGGGAUGUCUUAACUGCCAGGAAGAUUGAAGAUAGGGGCCAGGUGGAUUUUGAGGAAGAGAUCAAACAGUUCUUCAAGAUGGUAUAUGUUCCUAACUGGUUCUCUGUGGAUCUAAAAACUGGGCUGCUUACAAUUCAUCUUGAUGACUCCGAUUGUUUUGCGGCAUGGAUGUCCACACGCGAUCUAGGGCUAGAUAUUCCUCCAGAAGCUCCAGAAACAAAGACAAACAUUGGUUCAACCUUGCUUCAGGCUUUGUUGGAACACUGGCCCAAAGCACAGUAUGAAGACGUACAGGAUGCAGAUGGUCAGGAGAGAGGUUCCAGCAGUCAUUACUUUAGUGUUCCUGGCCACACACCAGUUAUAUUCAGUGAAGUAGGAGGAAGAACAUUGUUUCGCCUUUUGUGUCGUGAUGCUGGUGGAGAGACUGAACAGAUGCUAUUAAACGAGACAGUACCUUCUUGGGUGGUAGAUGUUGUUGUCCAUAAAAAUAUGCCCAAGUUUACCAAGAUUCCGUUCUUCCUGCAACCUCACCCUAGCACUGGCAUCAAGCCCAUUAAAAAGGACCGAUUGUCUGCUAGUGACAUGAUCCAGGUGCGCAAGGUCAUUGAGCACGUAUAUGAAAAAGUGCUAGGUCAGGGGUCAGAUGCAGGGUCACAGGCUGCUGGAAGCAAUGCCAGUCAAGAAAAAGAGCCAGACAAAGAGGAAGAACUUUCCUCCAUUGCUGAAGAACGUGUGGAACUACUGUGUAGUGAUCAGGUUCUGGAUCCAAACAUGGACUUACGGACUGUGCGCCAUUUUAUCUGGAAACAGACAGGGGACCUCACUCUCCAUUAUCGACCUCUAUCCAAAAAAGACUUUCAGAGCUUCUCAAAGUACUCGGCAAUGAAUUCAGGGGAUGCAUAACCUUAAGUACCAUGUUGUUGUGUAACGUAAUAAGUGCUGUGAAAAAUAUUCAAGAGUUGCUUGUACACAGCACUUGAGUGUCUUUCACUGCAGGGUUAGUCUGCAGUAUUGAAAAUCUUUAGAAUCUAUGGUACACUUCGCACUCUGCUUGAUCAGAGUGGAUGGUUUUCCCAGGCACUGAUAGUCAGCCACAAGUGUGUUCUUAUAUUUGCAUAGACUAAGUGCUGGUGCAUUUGGGAGUAUACUGUUCGCACCACCAGCCUGAGCACAAAUCAGUUGAUUUGAUUACAUUGUAUUUCACAUUUCAAUUGUGUAGAGCAGUUUCUUUCUGUUUUACAACUCUGAUAAGCAUUGGAAUCAUAGACAUGUCGUCCAAUUCUGCAGGUACAACUAGGAUAAUAUCAGGAUAAUCACAGAAAAUGUUUCCUCUUAACCCUCUUUCCCCCAUCUCCAGUUUGAGGUGCUGCCAUAAUUUUAUAGUUUUCAUUGUUUCUGACUAGCACUCAUAUGUAAAGUUCUUUUGCUUUAUGUAAAAUGUGGAGAUGGAACUAUGUAUUGUGUAAAGUCAUGUAUUUUGUUCAAAAGUGGUGAGAUGAGCAUGUGGGCCUGGCUGAAAAGACUCAAGGCACUGAAACCUUGGAGGUCGUUGACCUUCUUUCUCUUUGUGGUUUUGUUAAAGAAUGAGUGAAAAAUGGGGAAAAUGAACUUUGCCUGUGAUAACAGCACUUUUUGCUUUCUAGCAGGUUUUUCAAAUGACAUAAAUCUAGUUUAUGUGCAAAUGAUGUGCAUGAUGUUGAGAUACAACUUCAGUUAAAUUAUCAUCAGUUUUUUUGUAGAUAUUCUUGUUUUCAAACUGGAUGGGACAAGACUCUGGGUGAUAUUAACUAUGAGAAAGCAGACAUUCAUGGAAAUUAGCUGAUGUCUGUAUUUGAUUAAUAUCAGAAAUGCAGUGAUUGCUUUAAACUUUUUAUUAUCAGUGGUUUACUACCUACUAGUCAGAACCCUUUUUUUUUCUGAACAUGUAAGCUAGAAGUCUUUAAAGCAGGGCUUGGUUGAUGAAGCUGGACCUUUAGAGUAAGAUAUUCUCAGCUUAAGCAUGAUGGGCUUAAUCAUAAUAGAAAAAGUUUAACAUAAGUGCUCUUACUGUAAUGACUGCAAUAAAGGUAUGAGGCUGGCUUUGAGUGUUGGUUUAGUAAUACUACGCAGGAAAUAUCUGAACGCUAAUUAUUCAUUUACUUCUGUGUUAUUUCUGUUAAAAUGAGAAUUCUCAGCCUCAAAUCUGUCCAUUUUUGGAUGUUUAUUUUGAUUUUGUUUUUGGGUUGGUUUUUUUUUUUUAAUGACGUCAAAAGUCAAACAUCAUUGUCUGGAAUUUCAAAAAAAGUAGUGGAUGUCAGUAUGACUUUAAAUAAGACUUGGUGUUGUACUCUAUGUGUGCAUGUGAGCAGUGAAACAAAAUGUGGCAUUCUGUAAUUUUCUUUGUGUAAAACACCUUCAUAUAGAUUGUUUUGGUAAAGUGGACAGAGGAGUUUGAAGGGAGUGAUACAAAAUCUGUCCACCUCCUCCAACCAACCCACACACCUAUUUCAUUACCAAAGGCAUUAAAACAUAAUGGUAGAAAUGUUACUGCCUGUGUUCUUAUGGCUCACUGGCAACUCUUAUAUUGGCAUUUGUCUGUCAUUCAGAUGAUGUUGUUAACCAUGUUGUUGCACUAAUGUGAUAAAAUAUAACCAUCAGAAUCAGACUGUGUUUAUUGUGUGAUAUAUAAUUAAGAAUUAAAUAAAAGUAUAAAUAUA